GCGCGCCCGUGGGAGCCCGGUGCGCAGGGUGCGCUUUUCAGCACUUUGGAAGAGAGAGAGAGGAUGCACUGCGGUCUCUAACGGCAUAUAGGCUACGGCUUGGUUUACGCGCGCGCGGGCGGGCGUUCGUGCAUGCGUGCGUGCUUGUGCGCGUGCUGCUCCUGCUGCUGCUGCUGCUGCUGCCUUUAACCGGAGGAUGUUGCAGUCGGUCCCUCGAGCCGCACGCAUGGCUGUGUAACAGACAGCGCUGACGGUGACCGGGAACUUCACGUGCGACUGAGUCUCGGAACCUCUCCGCUGCUGAUGCGCUGGAGGAAAGUGAGAAACUUUACGGAGAAAUAAGGAGAUGCGGCGCGCGCGCUAAUGAUGUUCGGGACUAAGUCGUGUCGGCCACGGCCAGCUCAACGCUCGUGAGAGCUCGUGCACUCUCCCUGUCUCUCAGUGGUGUAAUUGGUGAUGAGUGCCGGUCCACUGCAACCACUGUCGGUGUCAGUCUACCACGCGCCUGUUUUUGGGGAUUUCUGAUUUAUGUGCAAUUCCAAAGUGGAAUUGAUCCACACGUGCAGGAUUUUCUGCUGGGCAGUGCACGCAUGACUUUGGGAUAAUCCUGUGGGAAAGGAUAUAGACCCGAGGCGGCACCCGGGCGCGUGAUUUAUCUGCGGACGCCCCGCCGCAAAUGGCCGCCGCUCCACCCCUCCGCCCCGCGGCCAGGAUGGAGAGCCGCGCUGUCGAUAGGAUGCAACCUGAUGAAUAGCGCGCCUCGCGGGGUGAAGAUGUUGCCUGGCCGCGUGUAGCAGAUCGAUGACGGAUGGAAUACUUGCCGUGCGAGUCGCUCACCCGAGCUGCUGCUGUGGAGCGUUUUUGAGUUUUUGAGGCCCUGUUUGAGUUUUGAGUGUCCCCGCGUUGAUCCUGCCUGUCCCUACCUGAGUGGAUAUUAUAACCCGGCACUUCUGCUGCCGCUUCUGCUGCCUGUUGGUGCCAGUGGGAGGGGUGGGGGGGGUUUCGUGCACCUCUUGCUGGUGCGGAGGAAGAGGAACCAUGCUCCUGCAGCUGCCACGGAGGCUAUGCAGUGGCUGGAGAGCCACCCGGCUGCAGCUCCGGCCCCGGCCCAGCCUCAGCGCCGGCCUCGACGUGCCGUGCCUGCUGUGGCUGCUCGGCCUGGCGCUGCAGGCCCUGCCGGCCGCCGCGGAGAAGCUGGACGAGAUGGACCCGGUGGUCACCACGGUCUACGGCAAAGUGAGGGGCUUUAAAAAAGAACUCAACAACGAGAUCCUAGGACCCGUCAUCCAGUUUCUGGGCGUGCCCUACGCGGCGCCCCCUAUUGGCGAGAGGCGUUUCCAGCCUCCCGAGCCGCCGGUGUCCUGGCCGGACGUGCGGAACGCCACUCAGUUCGCCCCGGUUUGCCCCCAAACCAUUUUAGAGGGCCGAUUACCUGACGUCAUGCUUCCGGUGUGGUUCACCAACAGCUUGGAGGUGGUGUCAUCCUAUGUACAGGACCAGAGCGAGGACUGCCUUUUCUUAAACAUCUACGUGCCCACGGAGGAUGUCAAAAGAAUAUCCAAGGAAUGUGCCAGGAAACCCGGCAAGAAAAUAUGUAGAAAAGGAGGUCCUCUUACAAAGAAACAGAGUGAUGAUUUAGGUGAUAAUGACGGUGCAGAGGAUGAAGACAUCCGUGAAAGUGGGAGCCCCAAGCCAGUGAUGGUUUUCAUCCAUGGUGGAUCUUAUAUGGAAGGCACUGGAAAUAUGUUUGACGGCAGCAUCUUGGCCAGUUAUGGCAACGUCAUCGUCAUAACCCUGAACUACCGGCUCGGCGUACUAGGUUUUCUGAGCACGGGGGACCAGGCGGCCAAAGGGAACUACGGGCUCCUAGAUCUAAUCCAGGCCCUGCGCUGGACUAGUGAAAACAUCGCUGCUUUUGGCGGUGACCCUUUACGCAUUACUGUUUUUGGAUCUGGGGCCGGGGCCUCUUGCGUGAACCUCCUCACUCUGUCCCAUUAUUCUGAAGGUAACCGCUGGAGCAAUUCGACCAAAGGCCUCUUCCAGAGAGCUAUCGCCCAGAGUGGUACAGCCCUGUCCAGCUGGGCUGUCAGCUUCCAGCCUGCUAAGUACGCCCGCAUGCUGGCCAAGAAGGUGGGCUGCAAUCUGAAAGACACGGUGGAACUGGUGGAGUGUCUGCAGAAGAAGCACUACAAGGAGCUGGUGGAGCAGGACAUCCAGCCCGCGCGCUACCACAUCGCUUUCGGCCCCGUCAUCGACGGCGACGUCAUUCCGGACGACCCGCAGAUCCUCAUGGAGCAAGGGGAGUUCCUGAACUACGACAUCAUGCUGGGGGUCAACCAGGGCGAGGGCUUGAAGUUCGUGGAGCUCAUUGUGGAUAACGAGAACGGCGUGCAGGCCAACGACUUCGACUACGCCGUGUCCAGCUUCGUGGACGACCUGUACGGAUACCCGGAGGGCAAGGACAUCCUGCGAGAGACCAUCAAGUUCAUGUACACCGACUGGGCGGACCGUCACAACCCGGAAACCAGGAGAAAGACCCUGCUGGCCCUUUUUACUGACCACCAGUGGGUGGCGCCUGCAGUGGCCACCGCUGACCUGCACUCCAGCUUCGGAUCUCCCACUUAUUUCUACGCGUUUUACCACCACUGCCAGACGGAGCAGGUGCCGGCGUGGGCGGACGCGGCGCACGGGGACGAGAUCCCCUACGUGUUCGGCCUGCCCAUGAUCGGACCCACCGAGCUCUUCCCCUGCAACUUCUCCAAGAACGACGUGAUGCUCAGUGCUGUGGUCAUGACCUACUGGACUAACUUUGCCAAAACCGGGGAUCCCAACCAGCCUGUGCCGCAGGACACCAAGUUCAUCCACACCAAGCCCAACCGCUUCGAGGAGGUGGCCUGGACACGCUACAACCAGAAAGACCAGCUCUACCUCCACAUCGGCCUCAAGCCUCGAGUCAAAGAACACUACCGCGCCAACAAGGUCAACCUCUGGCUGGAGCUGGUCCCUCACCUGCACAGCCUCAACGAGGGCACCCAGCUCAUCUCCACCACCACCAAGGUGCCUCCCCCGGAGGUCACGCCACGUCCGGCGAAGAAGAACCCGGCCAUCACCAAGCGUCCCUUCCCCACGCCCUUCCCGACGGAGACGCAGGACAGCCAGAACCAGAACCAGAACCAGCCCUUCCUGGUGGACCAGCGGGAUUACUCCACGGAGCUGAGCGUGACCAUCGCCGUGGGCGCCUCGCUGCUCUUCCUCAACAUCCUGGCCUUCGCCGCGCUCUACUACAAGAAGGACAAGCGGCGGCACGAGGUGCACCGGCGCUGCAGCCCGCAGCGCACCACGGCCAACGAGCUGCCUCACACCCAGGAGGAGGAGAUCAUGUCCCUGCAGAUGAAACACAGCGACCUGGAGCGCGAGUGCCGCGAGGCCAUGCACCCGCACGAGGUGGUCCUCAGGACUGCCUGCCCGCCCGACUACACGCUGGCCAUGCGCCGCUCGCCCGAUGACAUCCCGCUCAUGACCCCCAACACCAUCACCAUGAUCCCCAACAGCAUGCCCGGCCUCAGCUCGCUGCACCCCUUCAACAGCUACCCCAGCGGACAGAACAACACACUGCCUCACCCGCACCCCCACUCACACUCCACCACCAGAGUAUAGCCUCGAACGUGGCGCCGCUUUCAAGCACACACACAUAUGAGAGAAAAAAAAAAGAAAACACAUACACACAGAUAGAUUAACUUCUGGACAAUACACAAACUGACGUACACCCACAGGCGUACCGCACCGUACUCUACCGUACCGCAACGCAACGUACCACACGAGCCCGGGAAUAUGUUUGGAUAUAUUGGGAGAUAUACUAUAGAGUAUGUGCGCGCUCGCUGUUUCGAGGAACACACUGGGAUUUUUUGUUCUGUGGCUCCCUGGGAGGAAAAACUAUCAUUUUCUAUUAGAAAAAAGGAAUGAGAAAAUGUGCGGAAACAUUUCAAAUUUAAUGAAAAACAAACAGAUGGAUGUCGCUCUCUCUCUCCUUUUUUCCCCCCUUUUCUUUUCCAUUCCUGCUGUUGCUGUGACAAAGCCAGGGUCAUUUCCUGGUGGAAAGAUAUCACUCCAGGUUGCUUGGAAGGACGACUUGAUUCAGUUACCCAGGGAGGAAACAACAGCAAUAGCGGCGGCGACAGAAACAGUGGCGGCAGCCGCAGCAGCAGCAGAUUCAGCAUCAGCAGCAGCGGCGGCGGCAGGCGACGGGCGGCGGGCUACGGGAACGGCGUGUGGGAGGUUCUUUGUAAAUGAAAGAAAGCAUAUUGUUUUCCUGAGGCAUCGGAUUGUAGAUUACUCUCUCUGGAGUAGAGAGGAGACGCUGCUUACCCAAUUUAGGCACGUGUUCUCCUGCGGAUGACUGCGGAUGAGGAAUUGUAAGAUACGGAAUAAAACAUUCGCAAAGCGGAGUAAAAAGAGGAGCGCAGGAACUCCUGGAAAAAUAUGCACAAUAGAGACAUUCACCAAAUGUCUUGGAAUCUUUUUUGUCAGUUUAUUUUUUGGGAACAGUUUUAUUGUAUAGAAUCUAUUUACAUAUCUAGAUAUGUACACAAAGCACCAAUGCUGUUUAAGCCCUGACUGGGGGCGUCAGUACUGGAAAAGUAAAAAAAGAAAAAACGUAAAAAAAAAAAACAUAAAAAAACAAACAAAAAAAACUAAUUCUGCCAGCAGUUCAUUUAGCGGUGGGAAUUUCACUGGUUUCCUGGCAGAUAAUACAGCUUCAUCACACAAGUGCUGUCUAUACGAAGAACUGGAGGACAAAAAAAGGGAAGCUGGAUAUUUUUAGCACGAAGCGCAUGACAAUUUAUCUGCUUGGUGGCUGUUCUGCUGAUUAAGUCAUUAUUAAAAAAAAAAAAAAAAAAAAAAAGAAAA